CAGACCGUCCCACAGACCGUCCCUCAGACCGUCUCGCAGACCGUCCCACAGACCGUCCCACAGACCGUCCCACAGACCGUCCCACAGACCGUCUCUCAGACAGUAUUAUCCUGAUGACUGAAGUCUGGUUUGAACUAAUGAUUGUUUGAGAGUGGAUCAGCCUUUGAGUAACCGAGUUAGCCUGACUUUAAUCAUUGGGAUCAUUUAAGCUGGCUAAUAAGACAUUUGAUCGACUUAGUUGAACCAUACGAGAAACGGGUCCCCGGUAGUUGAUGUCCAUGCGUGUUUACGUACAAGAACAUGUGAUCGUUGCCGUCCGGGAUUGUUUUGGUAUCUUGUUGAGGAAGAGAACCAGAACCAGUUACGAGUGUUCUGGUGUAUGAACUCAUCUGGUUGAUCGUACUCACAUUGUUAUGUUCAGUGUGCACGUUUACUUGUUUCAGCUGGUUUCUAUAACAGCGGCAUGAACAGAGGGGUGUGGUCUCCUGUAGAUGAAACCAUAAAAUACACAUUUACUACCCGUCUGACUCUAACUUCACGCCUCGAUCCAGUGAUUAAAUAUUAAUGCCUCUGGACCCAACCACAUCUCUGUGUGAAGCUAAGCCCCGCCCCCUCGAUUCCCAUUGGGAUCGAAUAGCUCCCGCCCCCUCUCUCUCUCUCUCUCUCUGAGGCUCGGUGUCUCUCGACCUCUUUCUGACAGAACAAUGUGUCGUUCACAAUAAUGGGAUUACAUCCAGCCGGCUGCCGCCCGCUCUCUCUCUCUCGCUCUCUCUCGCCCGGUAAACACGUUCUUUUAGUUCUUUCCGUUCAUUUUUGGGAAUGAAAGAAAGACGGAUUGUUUCCUGAAUAAAGUUUAAUCCAGAUUAGAGGCACAGAGGCAGGAAUAGAAACUGAGAAUCAGCUCCUUUCAGACCGGAUCGUCAUUGACCCAGAAUCACGCAGAGACUCCUGAUCCAGAAUCACGCAGAGACUCCUGAUCCAGAAUCACGCAGAGACUCCUGAUCCAGAAUCACACAGAUGAAGGUAAAGAGGAGCUGCCAUGUUGGCCUCCUCUAUUCCCACAUCAUUCCUCCUUCUUCUGCUCCUCCUCCCCCCUCCAUCCCACUCUGUUGAUUUCCCCGUGACCUCUGACCCCUUGGUGUGGUGGAUGGAGGAGCAUGGCGCCUCUCUCUCUCACCUGGUGCUGGACCCGGAGGUGGGGCAUCUCUAUGUGGGCGGGGUCGACCACCUGUAUCAGCUGACCUCUGACCUGGAGAUGAUGUCACACGUAAGGACCGGCCCUUACUUAGACUCCCCAGACUGCCUACCCCCCAUCGUCCCACAGGACUGUCCCUCAGCGCAGCCCACUCACAACCACAACAAACUGCUGCUGGUGGAGGCGGGGCAGGAGGAGGGUCCAGGCUGCUUGAUCGUCUGUGGUUCGCUCUUUCAGGGAAUCUGUGAUAAAAGGAGUCUGUCCAACAUCUCUCAGCUCAUCUAUCGGACCACCAACCCAGUCGACACUCAGUACGUUGCCGCCAAUGACCCUCGCGUCUCCACCGUUGCCGUAGUGAUAACCACGGAAAACAAACAGGCGGGAGGUGGGGCUGGUGGCGUCCUGCGCCUGAUGCUGGUUGGUCGAGGCUACACUAGUAAAGGUCCCGGCGACAUCCCUCCAAUCACGACGCGGCGUUUGUUCCCGGUGCUCCCGCCUCGCCGGGCCUUCUCUCAGGAGGAGGAACUGGGCAAACUGGUGGUGGGAAGCUACUCUGAGUACAACAACCACUUUGUCAAGGCCGUCGCCCACGGCAACCACGUCUACUUCCUGUUCUCUCGGCGGGACAUGUGGCACAAGAAAGAGUACCGGACCUACGCCUCCCGGCUCUGCGCCUCUGACCGAAGCUUCUACUCCUACGUGGAGGUCCCGCUGCUGUGCGGAGAGUACAACCUGGCUCAGGGGGCGUGGCUGGGGAAGCAUUCAGGAAACGCCACCCUCUUCAUCGUGAUGGCAGCCGGACAAGCUUCCACACCCGUAGCAACCGGGCGCUCUGCGCUGUGUGUUUAUGGGAUGGCGGAGCUCGACGCCAUGCUGCGGCGAGCACAGGAAGUGUGCUACACAGAGGGAGGAAGAGGAAGUAGCGGACAGGAAGAGGCUUACAUCGAAUACGCCGUGUCAUCAAAGUGUCUGAAAUUACCCAAGGACUCUCUGUACGAGUACCCCUGUGGGGGGGAGCACACCCCCAACCCCAUCGCCAGCACCGUGCCUCUCCGGGCCACGCCCACUGUCACCUCCACCACCCAGCUGACUGCCGUCACCACGGCAACAGAGGCUGGACAUACCAUCGCCUUCCUGGGAGACGUAGAGGGGCGACUGCACAAGGUGUUGGUGCGCUCUGAUUGGUCAGGACGUCUCUACGGUAGUGUGAUGGUGGACAAGGGGGGGGUCGUCAGGGCUGACCUCUUAUUGGACAACAUCCAGAAACACGUUUAUGUUUUAACGAAUAGAAAGCUAUCAAAGGUUCCUGUGUCCACAUGUGAGAGACAGACAGACUGUCAGUCAUGUCUGUCUCUCAGAGACCCAUACUGUGGCUGGUGUGUACUGGAGGGACGAUGUUCCCGUAAGACCCAGUGUCAUCGUCACAUGCAGCUCAACCAUUGGCUUUGGAGCUUUGAACCGACCAAUCAGUGUGUGACAGUUCAGAGCCUGAGGCCGUCCAAUCAGAGCAAGGACGAGCAGACACCGGUAACGAUGGUAGUUGUCCAGCUUCCCUCUCUCACGGAUGCAGAGUCUCUGUCCUGCGUCUUCGGGCUCCUCCCACCUCAGCCCGCUCGCGUCACGGCAACAAGCAUUACCUGUCAAUCACCUGCUCCGGAGCUCCUCCCACCUAUGCUGAAAGGAAGUGAUCACAUGGUCCUGCCCGUGUCAUUGGUCUUUGGUCAUGUGACCAUCACCACAGGCCACAUGACCUUCUACGACUGUGGAGCUGUAAGCCGCCUGAACCAGAGCUCCCAGUAAGAACUAGUAUACACCCAGUACAGUCUCUAUGCAUAACGGUGGGGGUG